AUGCCCUACACCUGCUGCCUGCCCGCCCUGAGCUGCCGCACCAGCUGUUCCUCCCGGCCCUGCGUGCCCCCCAGCUGCCACGGCUGCACCCUGCCCGGGGCCUGCAACAUCCCCGCCAACGUGGGCAACUGCAACUGGUUCUGCGAGGGCUCCUUCAAUGGCAGCGAGAAGGAGACCAUGCAGUUCCUGAAUGACCGCCUGGCCAGCUACCUGGAGAAGGUGCGCGAGCUGGAGCGCGAGAACGCGGAGCUGGAGCGGCGCAUCCAGGAGCGGAACCAGCAGCAGGAGCCCUUGCUGUGCGCCAGCUACCAGUCCUACUUCCGCACCAUCGAGGAGCUGCAGCAGAAGAUCCUAUGCAACAAGUCUGAGAACUCCCGGCUGGUGGUGCGGAUCGACAACGCCAAGCUGGCGGCCGAUGACUUCAGGACCAAGUACGAGACGGAGCUGUCCCUGAGGCAGCUGGUGGAGUCCGACAUCAACGGCCUGCGCCGGAUCCUGGACGAGCUGACCCUGUGCAGGUCCGACCUGGAGGCGCAGGUGGAGUCGCUGAAGGAGGAGCUGCUGUCCCUCAAGCAGAACCACGAGCAGGAAGUCAACACGCUGCGCUGCCAGCUGGGCGACCGCCUCAACGUGGAGGUGGACGCCGCGCCCUCCGUCGACCUGAACCGCGUGCUCAACGAAGUCAGGAGCACCUUGGAGAACUCGGAUCCGUCUUCAGCCCGGCACCUCGCUCCCUCCUCAGCCACCAUGCCCUAUACCUGCUGCCUGCCCGCCCUGAGCUGCCGCACCAGCUGUUCCUCCCGGCCCUGCGUGCCCCCCAGCUGCCACGGCUGCACCCUGCCCGGGGCCUGCAACAUCCCCGCCAACGUGGGCAACUGCAACUGGUUCUGCGAGGGCUCCUUCAAUGGCAGCGAGAAGGAGACCAUGCAGUUCCUGAAUGACCGCCUGGCCAGCUACCUGGAGAAGGUGCGCGAGCUGGAGCGCGAGAACGCGGAGCUGGAGCGGCGCAUCCAGGAGCGGAACCAGCAGCAGGAGCCCUUGCUGUGCGCCAGCUACCAGUCCUACUUCCGCACCAUCGAGGAGCUGCAGCAGAAGAUCCUCUGCAACAAGUCUGAGAAUGCCCGGAUGGUGGUGCAGAUUGACAAUGCCAAGCUGGCUGCUGAUGACUUCAGGACCAAGUACGAGACGGAGCUGUCCCUGCGGCAGCUGGUGGAGUCCGACAUCAACGGCCUGCGCCGGAUCCUGGACGAGCUGACCCUGUGCAGGUCUGACCUGGAGGCGCAGGUGGAAUCGCUGAAGGAAGAGCUGCUGUCCCUCAAGCAGAACCACGAGCAGCUGGCGCAGGUGCAGCAGCUGAUCAGCAGCGUGGAGUCGCAGCUGGCGGAGAUCCGGGGUGACCUGGAGCGGCAGAACCAGGAGUACCAGGUGCUGCUGGACGUGCGGGCGCGGCUGGAGUGCGAGAUCAACACGUACCGGGGGCUGCUGGAGAGCGAGGACUGCAAGCUGCCCUGCAACCCCUGCGCCACCACCAACGCCUGUGACAAGCCCAUCGGACCCUGUGUCGCCAAUCCCUGUAUUUCCCGCUCCCGCUGUGGGCCCUGCAACACCUUUGGAAACUCCCUGGAGAACACGCUGAACGAGAGCGAGGCCCGCUACAGCUCACAGCUGGCGCAGGUGCAGCAGCUGAUCAGCAGCGUGGAGUCGCAGCUGGCGGAGAUCCGGGGUGACCUGGAGCGGCAGAACCAGGAGUACCAGGUGCUGCUGGACGUGCGGGCGCGGCUGGAGUGCGAGAUCAACACGUACCGGGGGCUGCUGGAGAGCGAGGACUGCAAGCUGCCAUGCAACCCCUGUGCCACCACCAAUGCCUGUGAGAAGCCCAUCGGGCCCUGCGUUGCCAACCCCUGCCUCACACGGCCGCGGUGUGGGCCUUGCGGCCCUUUCGGGCACUAGCGCCCCCUGCUGGGCGGAGGACCAGGGCUCCUGCUGCACCACCU